UUCAAAACAAAAAUAUGAAACACCCAAUAUAAAACUCACAAACAUCACUCCUCCACAAACAAACUCCUCAUCAAAGCCCCAACACCCCUAAAACCCAUUUUCUCAACCUCCCAACCCCAAAAACCUCACCAACCCCUCCACCCACCUCCUCAACCCCCAAAGCCACCACCCCCAAUUAACCCCUCCACUUCAAAAUGCACUAAAACAGAAGAAUAGCUGCAUUCCAGCCACUUUGGAGUCACUGGGACUAUCUUAUAGUUAAGAAAAUGGAAAUGAACUGGAAAGAAGAGUGAAGAAGGAAUGAAACUGUAGCUUGUGGAGAGGUAAUGGAGUAUGGAGAAUUAUACUGUGCUUUUGAAAGUUAUGAGGAAGAUUCAGAAACUUGAGUCCACUUCUUGACAGCUUCUUAAAUUAAGUUGAGGUGGAAUAUAUGGUUCUUUAAGAAAUAGCUGGCGUGAGAAGUAUAAUGCGGUAAAAAAAGAGAAUUAUAAGAACAAGAUCAUGUUGACUGAAAAAUAUAAUCCAGCAUAUAAAGUUCUAGUUUUAGAUCACUUUUGUAGUCGAAAAUAAACUUUUGAAUUUUCAGAGAUUGUGUAUUCCAAUUUGUAAAAGUUUAGCAGAUGCUUUAUGAAGUGUGAGGAUUGGUUAUUUUCAUAUCUCACAAUAGUCUUUCAAAAGAUUUGUUUGCAUCCCUCACAUUCAGAAAUUGAGCAUUACAGAUUGAAAGAUAAAUAGAAGGCAUCAGAUUUUCUUCUCACUCCAAACACUCUCUUAAAAAGUUAGGAGUGAGAGGAUUCAAAUAACACAUUUGUGGAAGAAUGGAGAGAAAACCCUGAGAGGACAUGUUAACUAAUAAUAGCCAUCUCGAAGUGCUCCCUCAAAAAUUCUUUAAAUUCUGUUGGUUACGGUCUCUUUUGAGCAGAGAAAGAAUCUGUAAAAAAUUAAUGUGUGAGCUUGAGCUAACCUCAAUCGAGUUCAGUGGAAGAAAUAGCAAUAAAAGACAUUGGUCAAUUAUGUAUUAACCAAUUCUUC